UCCCAGGUGCAGCUGGUGGAGUCCGGAGGGGGUGUGAAAAAGCCCGGAGACUCUCUCCGCCUCUCCUGCAAAGCCUCCGGCUUCACCAUCAGCAGCUACGGGAUGAACUGGGUCCGGCAGGCUCCCGGGAAGGGACUUGAGUGGGUUUCAAGCACUUAUCGGGAAGUAUGGAACCGCUAUUACUACGCAGACUCAGUGAAAGGCCGAUUCACCAUCUCCAGGGACGAUUCCAACAACCUGGUGCAUUUGGACAUGACCGGCCUGAAGCCCGAGGACACCGCCCGGUAUCACUGUGCGAGAUCACCAGACAACCCCCUGAGAACGCUCCUCUCCAAACACGGGACAAUGAGGCUUUGGUUGUAUCUCGUUCUCAUUGCAGCAGCGUUUGAAGGUGUCCGGUCCCAGGUGCUGGUGGAGUCCGGAGGGGAUUUGAAAAAGCCCGGAGACUCUCUCCGCCUCUCCUGCAAAGCCUCCGGGUUCACCUUCAGCAGCUACGGCAUGAGCUGGGUCCGGCAGGCUCCCGGGAAGGGGCUGGAGUGGGUUUCAUACAUUUACAGUGAUGGGAGCCAACAGUUUUACGCAGACUCAGUGAAAGGCCGAUUCACCAUCUCCAGAGAUAACCCCAACAACCUGCUGUAUCUGCAAAUGAGCGGCCUGAAGCCCGAGGACACCGCCCGGUAUUACUGUGCGAGAGACACAAAUUCAGUUAAUCUACCCGGACAGGGAGUUGCACGCAUGGUUCACUCAGGGAGGUUGGCGGUUGAAAGGGGCUGUCAGCAGGUGUUCAAACCUCAAGCAUCCCAACCAGCCAACUCAGAGUGUGGCUAUAAGACAGAGCUGGUUUACAUCCUAGGUCCCUGGCUGUGUGUGUCCUCCGCUCUCAGGCCGCUGAUUUGCAAAUGCUCCAGGCGGUUGGCCUUGUCUCUGGAGAUGGAGAAUCGCCCUUGA